AUGGGUGGACAUAGUGAAGUUUUCCAAGAGCAGACCUUUAUUUCGGGCAGCGAUGUGACUUUACGAUGUGACAACCUCACUGUUGUCAAAUGGAAUGAAUUAAUUUAUAUAAUCUGGAACAUCAGCCAGCAAAACAGAACGUGUUGGCUUGGUUUGUCACCCAAGCUGGACGACACAUGCAAUGAUGGAAAGAAGCUGUACAACACCUCAGAUGGCGUUUCCCUAUUCAUUCCCAAGAUUUCAAUAGAAGAUGAAGGAUUUUACUUUUGUGAUGUAUCAUAUAAAGGAGGAAGCUCUGCACUACAUGUGACUGUAAGCGUUAUCAACGUUUCCACCAAGCAGUACAGAGAAAACAAUCAAAGGAUUGCUGUCUGUAAUUCCAAAUACAAAAUGAAAGCACCCACUCUUCAUUGGGAACCUGCCUUGAACUUUCCCUCCAACGUCAGUUCUGUCAAGAAGCUUGGCAAGUUUUUUAUGCUGGAGAAUCAAGUAUAUCUGCCGGAAAAUCUCAACAUCAGUGAGCUCACCUGUGUGGCCACAUACACCUCUGAGUCCGGCUCUGUGCAGCACAGGAGCACACUUUAUCUUCCAGGUUCACAAAACUCAAAUCCCUCAUCUCCAUGGAAAAAUAUUGCCAUAUCAGUUGGCUCUGUUUUUUUUGUUCUUGUAGCGCUGCUUGCGGUUUACAAACUACGCAGAAAGUUUUAUGACAUAAGUGCGUUGAAGAUGCUUUGCUGCAAAUCCAAAAUCUCAACACCAGUUGAAGACAAACCACCCCAGCCCGCUGAUGUUGAAGAGGUGGAACCCUAUGCAAGUUACGUACAGAGAGUCAAUUCCAUCUACAACUCCUCAGCUGAACUCUUCAACGCCUGAGAGACACUCGCUUUUCAUGAUGAAACAGGAUACCAGAAGAGAACUGAGGGCAAAGAUAUGUCUGUGGUCAAAAUUACACAUGAAAAACAGUACUAGUGGAAAAUAGUCAUCUCAAGAGAGCAUCCCCGAAGCAAACAGCACCUGACUGAGGAGCAAAAGUCACACUGACUCAAAAGAUGAAAGGUGAUGACAAAGGAACAUUUGUCUUAGUAUGCAAUGAGGAAUAACUGGGACAUCUUCAGCAUCAGCGAUAUCACUAAUAUGUAGAUUUGUAGAGAACGAACCUGGUUAGAUAUUAAUCAAAUUUGUACAUAUUUAUAUCAGAGUGAAACUAAAAUCAACUGCAAACAAUGUUUUUAUUGCUAAAUACUAAGCAGACCUGAUGUAGAGAACCUAUUUUACAUUGCACAUAAUUAAAAGUAUGUAAAUAAACGUUAUUAUUGUA